UUCGCGAGUUGGGGUUUUGUUAAGAGAUUAAUGGUAAUGUCCGUUGAAAUUUCAGCGAAAUGCUUCAUUAUGUGGGCUUAUCACACUUUCCCCAACUAAGAUUUCCUUCUUUUAGAGUCAAAUGUUCGUCGGAGCAGGUUAGUGUGUCGAGACGAAAAGUAUUGGAGAAAGUGGAUGAAGAGCUCACCAAGGGAGAUGAAAAAGCAGCACUCUCAAUCGUAAAGGAUUUGCAAGGCAAACCUGGUGGGUUUCGUUGUUUUGGUGCUGCUAGGCAGGUGCCCCAAAGACUUUACACCUUGGAUGAGCUAAAGCUGAAUGGAAUAGAAACGACGUCUCUUCUGUCACCAGUUGACGCAACUCUCGGCGCUAUAGAACGAAACCUUCAGCUUGCUGCGGUUGUAGGAGGUGUUUCUGCCUGGAAUGUGUUCGGUUUUAGCCCCCAGCAAGUUUUCUAUCUUUCUUCGGGAUUGUUGUUCCUGUGGACUCUGGAUGCAGUAUCUUUUAACGGAGGAGUUAGUAGCUUAGUUCUUGAUACAACAGGUCAUACCUUCAGUCAGAAGUACCACAACAGAGUCAUUCAGCAUGAAGCAGGGCAUUUUCUAAUUGCCUACUUGGUGGGAAUUCUACCCAGGGGCUACACGCUAUCUAGUUUGGAAGCUUUGCAGAAGGAAGGAUCUCUCAAUGUUCAAGCAGGGACAUCGUUUGUGGACUUCGAGUUUCUUGAAGAAGUCAAUGGAGGAAAAGUAUCAGCAACAACGCUGAACAGAUUCUCAUGCAUAGCGCUAGCUGGAGUGGCGACUGAGUAUCUUCUGUACGGAUACGCCGAGGGAGGUCUUGCUGAUAUAAACAAGUUGGACAUAUUGCUCAGAAGCUUGGGAUUCACACAGAAGAAAGCAGAUUCUCAAGUGAGAUGGUCAGUACUAAACACAAUCUUGAUCUUGCGUCGCCACAAAGUGGCACGAGCUAAACUUGCGGAGGCGAUGACAGCAGGGAAAUCUGUAGGAUCUUGCAUUGAGACCAUUGAGGACGCCAUUGACAGUGCAGAUAUCUAGCCGCUGCAGAUAGUAUAGCUUGUUAAUAUUAAUGCCCAAACUUCAAGUUCUGUAACAUUUUUCUUUUGUUACAUUAAGUGACAUUCCUAUACUUUUAUUUAUGAGAUGUUUGUAGAUGUCUAAAUAGCUUCGGCCUUGUGAAUUUUUGAUGAGUUAACAACUCACUAUCUUAUGAAGUGUGUUAAA